AUGUAUACACUUCGGAAAACUAAAGACGAUUUCACUAGAACAACCUCAACAACCAGCACCAUGUGUGGAUACUAUGGAAACUACUAUGGAGGCAGAGGCUAUGGCUGCUGUGGCUAUGGAGGCCUGGGCUGUGGCUAUGGAGGCCUGGGCUGUGGCUAUGGAGGCCUGGGCUGUGGCUAUGGAGGCCUGGGCUGUGGCUAUGGAGGCCUGGGUUAUGGCUAUGGAGGCCUGGGCUGUGGCUAUGGAGGCCUGGGUUAUGGCUAUGGGGGUCUCGGCUGUGGCUACCGUGGACUGGGCUGUGGCUAUGGCUGUGGCUAUGGCUGUGGCUCACGCUCUCUCUGUGGCUGUGGCUAUGGAUAUGGCUCUGGCUAUGGGUCUGGAUUUGGCUACUACUAUUAA